GCAUGUGCUCAGUUCGCUCUCCGGCUGCUUGUACCUGGUUCAGGAGGUUCAGGCAGAGGUUGCACCCACUACGCCUGCGCAACCUCAGCCCCGCCCCUCCGCUGCUUUCCCCGGAAACGUUUCUUUCCUACGCAGCCGCUCCUGCCGCUGUGGUCGCUGGAGCUUUGCCUCUCUAGGCCGGCAGCGCCUCUCCUCCAUGGUCCUGUCUGUCAGCGCUGUUUUGGGAGCCCGCCAGUGAGGCCGGGCCACGCUCAGACACUUCGAUCGUCGAGUCUGUCACUGGGCAUGGCGGGUCAGUUCCGCAGCUACGUGUGGGACCCGGUGCUGAUCCUGUCGCAGAUCGUCCUCAUGCAGACCGUGUAUUACGGCUCGCUGGGCCUGUGGCUGGCGCUGGUGGACGGGCUAGUGCGAAGCAGCCCCUCGCUGGACCAGAUGUUCGACGCCGAGAUCCUGGGCUUUUCCACCCCUCCAGGCCGGCUCUCCAUGAUGUCCUUCAUCCUCAACGCCCUCACCUGUGCCCUGGGCUUGCUGUACUUCAUCCGGCGAGGAAAGCAGUGUCUGGAUUUCACUGUCACUGUCCAUUUCUUUCACCUCCUGGGCUGCUGGUUCUACAGCUCCCGUUUCCCCUCGGCGCUGACCUGGUGGCUGGUCCAAGCCGUGUGCAUUGCACUCAUGGCUGUCAUCGGGGAGUACCUGUGCAUGCGGACGGAGCUCAAGGAGAUACCCCUCAACUCAGCCCCUAAAUCCAAUGUCUAGAAUCAGGCCCUUUGGACAUCCUGCUGACACUUGGGCCCCUUAACACCUUGGGCUGCUCAGACCCUCCAGAUGAGGUCCAGCCCAGAUCUGAGAGGAACCCUGGAAAUGUGAAGUCUCUGUUGGUGUGGGAGAGAUAGUGAGGGCCUGUCAAAGAAGGCAGGUAGCAGUCAGCAUGACAGCUGCAAGAAUGACCUCUGUCUGUUGAAGCCUUGGUAUCUGAGAGGUCAGGAAGGGGACCUCUUUGAGGGUAAUAACAGAAUUGGAACCAUACCACUCUUGAGCCACAAUACCUGUCACCAGCCUGUUGUUUUAAGAGAGAAAAAAAAUCAAGGAUAUCCGAUUGGAGCAAACCACUUCUUUAGUCAUCUGUCUUACCUCCCUGGGACAGCUGUUACCUUUGCAGUGUUGCCGAAUCACAGCAGUUACCUUUGCAGUGUUGCCGAAUCACAGCAGUUCUGUUGGAGAAACGCUUGGUUUCCGGAUCCAGAGCCACAGAAAGAAAUGUAGGUGUGAAGUAUUAGGCUGCUGUCAGGGAGAGGAUGGCAGAUGGAGGCACCAAGCACAAGGAAAAUGCACAACCUGUGCCCUGUUAUACACACGUUCGUGUGCACCCAAGAACCUAUGACUUUCUUCCAGUUCCUUCUACCAGGUCCCCAUCCUGCUGCCAGCUCUCAACAUAGCAGGCCAUAGGACCCAGAGAAGAAUCCCAGCGUUGCUCAAAGUCUAACCAUCAUAAAGACACUGCCUGUCUUCUAGGAAUGACCAGGCACCCAGCUCCCACUGGACUCCAAUUUUUUUUCCUGCCUUAUUUAGAAUUCUUUGGCGGGAAGGGUAUGAUGGGUUCCCAGAGACAAGAAGCCCAACCUUCUGGCCUGGGCUGUGCUGAUAGUGCUGAGGGAGAUAGGAAUUUGCUGCUAAGAUUUUUCUUUGGGGUGGAGUUUCCUCUGUGAGGGGCUUGCAGCUAUCCUUCCUGUGUAUACAAAUACAGUAUUUUCCAUGGU